CUAUGAACAGUUUUAAGAUUGUUUAUUUUUCUGUUAUUAUCGUUCAAAUUGUUCAUUAUAAGAAGAAGGAAUAUGAAGAGGAACUCUAACGUGGUGAUUUGGCGCCAUCUAGAGUCCAUUUAGGUAUAUAUGCCUGGAAUGGGGUGGUGCACGUUUCACACGUUUUCAGCUUCCUUUCAGUCACGUGGUUAUGCGCCGUCGUUGACCAAAUGGUCGGUUUGGGUAUUUAGGAGUUUAGGAAACAAUGUAGUUGUAUGUGCUGCUUGUUUGUUUGGUCUUCUGGCACGCGCGUUGUAACUUUUGGAUAAGGUGUGACCUCUAUAGGUCAUACAGGGCUUCAUGUGCAGGAGCAUCAUCAGCAUCAGCAACGUUUUUUUUGUGCAUUUUGUUACAAGUGAGUCUUCCAGCUGGUGUGAGCUGCUUCUCUCAGUGACUCUGUGUAAGUUUGGAUUUCAAUACAAUGGCUGAAUCAAAUAUUUUAGGACUUCAGGACCAGUUCAGUUGUCCAAUCUGUCUGGAUCUUCUCAAGGAUCCAGUAGCUCUUCUGUGUGGUCACAGUUUCUGUAUGCGGUGCAUUAAUGGCUGUUGGGAUCAUGAGGAUCAGAAGGGAGUCUAUAGCUGUCCUCAGUGUCGACAAACCUUCACUCCAAGACCUGCUGUGAGUAAAAACACUGUUCUGGCUGAAGUCAUGGAGACACUGAAGAGGGCAGGAUUUCAAGCUACACGUCCUGCUCAGUGUUUACCUGAACCUGAGGACGUGGAGUGCGAUUCCUGCACUGAGAGAAAAUACAAAGCCAUCAAGUCGUGUCUGGUGUGUUUGGCCUCCUUCUGCGAAACUCACCUCCAACCUCACUAUAAAUCUCCUGCCUUCAAAAAGCACAUGCUGGUUGAAGCCUCCAGGCGACUCCAGGAGCAGAUCUGCUCUCAGCAUGGCAAACUGCUGGAGCUUUACUGUUACACUGAUCAGCAGUGUAUCUGCAUGUUGUGCACCUUGGAUAAACACCGUAUACACUAUGCAGUAUUGUCUAGCGCAGGAAGAGACGAGAAGCAGAAGGAGUUGUUAGACAUCCAGGGAAAAUACCAGCAGCGAAUCCGGGAACGAGAGAAGGAGCUUGAGGAGGUAACCAAGGCUGUGAAUUCUCACAAGCAAUCUGCACAAACGGCAGUUCAGGAAAGCGUAAAGAUCUUCAACAGGCUGAUCGCAUCCAUUGAGAGAAGACGCUACGAGGUGACGGCGCUGAUCCGAGCUCAGGAGGCAGCUGCAGUGAGUCGAGCUGAAGAAGUCAUGAAGCAACUGCAGCAGGAGAUCGCAGCUCUGAAGAGGAGAGACGCUGAGAUGGAGGAGCUUUCAAACACAACCGAUAACAUUUAUUUUCUGCAGAAUUUCCAGUCAGUCUCGGCUCCUCUCGGAUGUUCAGACUUGCCGCCCAUCACCGUGAAUUCUCUCCACACUUUUGCAGACGUAUUAAAAUCGGAGACUCAAAUGGAAGAAAAAGUGGAAAAAGACUGUGAAGACGAAUUUGAGAAGAUGUCUAGUGAAGUGAAGAAAGUUCAGGUUAUCCCUCCUCAAAGCAGAGAAGAAUUGCUAAAAUAUUCCCAUCAGUUCACUCUGGAUCCCAAAACAGCAAAUACGCAGCUCCGUCUGUCCGAUUCCAACCACAUGGUGACCAACAAUCUAUCAUUAAUGCCAUAUUAUACCCCUCAGAGAGUUUUAGCUCCUACUCCCAGGUGCUGUGCAGCGAGAGUGUAUCCCAAGCCUGUUACUGGGAAGUGGAGUGGACCGGAAGUAACGGCGUUUCCAUAGCAGUGUCUUAUAAGGACAUCGUCAGGAAGGGAAUUGGUAACGAGUGUGCGUUUGGAUUCAACGAUAAAUCCUGGAGUCUGAAGUGCUGCACUUCCAGUUACACCUUCUUACACAACAACCAAGAAACCAAACUCCCCAUGAACCUCAUCUCCUCUAGAAUUGGAGUGUUUGUGGAUUAUAACGCAGGAACGUUGUCUUUUUAUAGUGUCUCUGACAAGACAAAGCUCCUCCAUACCAUCAAGAGCACCUUCGCUCAGCCUCUGUACCCUGGGUUUACUGUAAACUCCAAUUCAACAGUAAAGCUGUGCCGUUUAAAAUAGAUAGAUACCCAAGGAAGCUCAAAUCGUACGAGUGUUUGGCUUUAUAUAAAUGUGUAUAUAUGAAUACAUAAUGUGUGAAAUAACUGUAGAAAGCAGACUUAGUGGCACAUACACCUGCAUUACUGAUAUAAAUACGAUCCUACCUGAUCAGUAUACAUGGUGAUCUCAGAUGCCUCCUGAGCUUGAAGAAUAGUGAGCAAUGUGUUUGGUUAAAGCAACCAUCCAUAAUUAUUUGAUAUGUUUUGAUUAUUUUCAUGCAAAAGCGCAUCUUGAAUUUUUUUUGUUGAUUCCUAACACAAGUGUAAACAAGUGUUGUUGUUUUUUCUUUUUCAAUAAUGAAUGAUUAUUAAAGAAUGAUGUUGCUUUAUGUUGUGGAACAUGCUUGAGUUGUAAAACUAGGUUAUAGACUUUUGUUUUUGCCUGUAAACCUGUAUCGACUCCUUACAUGUUAAAUAAAUGUCACUUGAAUGAUGUUACAUUGAUGGUUCUAGUUUAAGUUUUAUGGGGACCAAGCAUUAAAUGUGCAAAGACCGUA